AUGGAAGCAAAGAAGAAAGUGAAAGGCGUCAAUAAGAGAAGGUGUAUGAUUGAAAAGGUGGACCAGGAUAAGCCCAAUGAACAUGCGUGCAAGUCAUAUGUCUUGCAAGAGAGGAUAGAGAAAAAACAUGAGGGGAUUAAACUGAAUCUUUCUAGUGUUGGAAACCACAUCUUAAAUCUUUCACUUCCAUCAUCGUAA